AUGGUUGCGGGCAGGGUGGUGGCUGGGAAGCCCCUGCCCCACAGCGGAGGGGUUCUUCAUGGCCACCCCUGCACGUGCGUCUCCACCGACCCCCAGCGCGUCCCGCCCACGCGCAGGGCAGUGUGGAAAUGGCGAGAAAACCGAGGCGCGGACCUCGAAGACUACUCCAGCGCCUCCUCGCCGCUCAGUGCCCAGGACCCGCAUCCGCCUGGCAACGUCGUGGAAACUAAAGGUCCAGACCCGGGACGCUUCCCUCACGCGCGCUCGGGACGCGGGUUUCUUCUUCCCUCUUCCCGGGUAAAGGCCGGCCGGGCUGGGCAUCACGGGAGCUCCCCCGUGGUUUCUCUUUGCUUUCUUACAGGCCCCCCCCUUGGCCUUCCCGGGUUCAGUCCUGCCGCGGAAGUUGAGGAGAUCCCGGAUGGGUCACGACGUCCGUGGAGCCCGGGGCAUGGGCUCUGGGAGGCGCGCCCGACGACCCUGCAGCGGGCAGAGGUGGAGGCGGUGCCGGCGCCCCAUCAGGCUAGGGCUCCCGCUCCCCGGAUCUCGGGCAGUCGAGGCGCGUCUCCCGCCCCGGGGUCGGGUGGCGCGCGCAGGAGGGAGGACCCAGAAGCCAGCUCCGCCUGGGCUUGCCUGGGCUUGUUCAGAGCCGGGUUGCUUCUCUCAGUGGCCGCGCAGAGCCGGGGAUUUCGAGAUUUUGCAGGAGCUUUGCUGCCAAGCCCCGGGGAGGAGGGGGCUGGAAGCCCACAGGACCAGCUCGCGGCGUCCAAGGCUGAGCGCAGAUCUCGAGUGACCCCACGGAGGCUAAGCACACCAGGCCCACUCCUGCCUCCCAUGCUGGAGAGCCGAGCAGCCUGGGUGUGGCACCUGGCAAUACGUUCUCUGGUCUCUGAGUGGUGCUGGGCAAGAAGUUAAUGUCUCUCAACCCGUUUUCUUUUCUUGGAAUAUAUCAUUCCUGUCCUGCCUACCUCGCAGACUUGCUAGGAGGAUCACAUGAGAUAUGGGUCAUUUGUUCACAGACACUCCUAGGUACAAGUCUCAGUGCAACAGCGGGCCAGACAGACCAUCGCUGCCCACACACGGACUUGACGGUUGUCUGGACGACAGAAGGUCAUACGGCGAGGCGUGAGAGGCCUGCCCCCCCGAUCCAUUGCCAGGGCCAGCUGUGAGUGUUUCUUUGGCAGUGUCUUAGCUGGUUGUUGUGAGUAAUAGUGAAGGAAGCAAUCAGCAAGUAUACUGCCCUAGAAGUGCUGCACGUUGUUGGGCCCAAGAGGGAGGAACCAGGCGACAGAUGCCCAAGCCGCGGCGCGAGGCGCCAGGAUGUUGGAAGCCCGGCUCCGCCAUGCUGGUUGGUGAGGGCCGCAGCGGGAGCAAGCUCUGGGGCCCCUGGACCAGCCUGCUCAUGGCUGUGGAAGCAGAGCGGCAGCCUGCUGGCAUGGGUGGCUUCUGGCUGGGAGAGGUUUGCACCUGAGGGUACAAUCGCCCACGUGUCUGAGGCCAUUACUAUGUAGGAAGCCCUGUUCUAAGCACUCUAAAUGUAUUGUCUCGUGGGCAAGAGUGUUGUUCCAGUCUUACAGAGAGAAAAACAGAAGUACAAUGAGCAAAAGCAACUAAGGAUGCAGUGGACGGUAAGGGGCCAGGUUUUGAACCCACGCCGUCCGGCUGGAGACUCUGUACUGGAACCACUGGCUCGAGUCCUUAGAGAUGGGCCCAGGGCCGUGUCGCUACCCUGGGGACCUGCUUUGCAAUAACUUGGGCGUGAACACACAUCCAUUCUCUUUCUCCCCGUGAGACAGAUUUCGAAUGCAACCAUCAGUGUGGGUGAAUUGUGCCUCUGUGGGCACUGGGUGAUGCGUCUGCCUUGGGGAGAAUUUUUCUUUUCAGGUGAAGCCAGUCCCAGGAUGGUGACGGGGCUGAAAAGGUGGUGGUGGUUUUGGCUCCAGCGGCUGAUGAGAGAGACUUCUCCAAGGGAGCUCAGCUGAGAACUGGGUCCCACCAGUUCCACCUGCAGAUGCCAACUUUGGGUCCAGCAAAUUGUGAGGCCAGCUAGAUUGCCAUGGCAACGGGCACUGGGCCUAAGCCACCAGAGGAUGGAGAGCGAAGACACAGUGGUGGCUUCUGCAGGUCUUGUCUUGGACCGUAAGGCACACUCAUGGCCUCCAGCGAGCCUGGGACAGCCCAUCAGUGGGCCCUGUGCUUCAACAGCGCUCUUCAACCCCCCGCCUUGGCCCUUGCCUUUUCCCCGUUGGUGUCUUUGUGCUCUUUGAUAUUGAGCCAUGACUACUCCAGUUCUCCGUUCCACUGGUGGUUUUCCAUGGUACUCGAGUCUCGUGCUUACAGAAAUCCAUCCAAAUCUAAGAGACGAGGCCAGAUGUCAGUGGCGUCCUCCUCUGACCCUGUUGACUAAAUCAAGCCUCCAGGGUCCAUGAGGCGAUGGGGCCUCCAGUACCUUUGAUAAAGGGCAAGGACAGCAACUGCUGUGACCACCCCCCACCCCCCAGCCUCUGCGCGCCCCCCGCUGCUCCCCUCCAAGCCACUGUCCGGGGCACUUUCUCUUCCUGCCCACCUGCCUGGACCCCAUCUUUUGCCCUGUCUUGCCCGUCUCAGUGCCUCCAAGCGCCAGAGAGGAGAGGGUCCUGUUUCCAUACUGACCACUUGAUGAAAGUUGGAAGGUCCCUUAGGGAGGUUUUCUGGGAUUCAGAGUCUAACCUUGGCCUUGGCACACUCGGCUGAUAGGCCCUCCUCCAGGCUAAGCUAGUCCUCUUCUCUUAAUGCUGGAGAGCAAAGUGGGCAGGGCAGCCGACCCUCUUUAGCAAGUUGGACUCCUGUGGGAAUUGCCCUAUUUCUCCUCAAAUAUGGAGAGGGCCCCUUUGUAAUGCACAUUGGAUUGACCACGCCCCAGGCCCACUUGGUCACAAAUUCCUCUGGGCUCCCCAGGCCAUGGAGGAGCCGGGUGUGGGCUGAAGUGGGGCCGAUGGAAUGCCUGGAAUGUCGGCUGCUGUGACAGACCAACACUCAGAUCUCUCACGGGAGUUGUGACCCAGGCAGCGUUGGGGAUCGCUGCUGAGCCGAAGUCUCUACAUUUUUCCCAGUUUUAGACAGAAGUAAAGAAUGUCUGCCUUCUCUCAACCACAACCAGUUGAUUCGGGUUCCUGAACUUCUCAGUGAAAGGGGCCAUGCUCUUGAGUCAUGAUCUAAAUGCCCUUUUACUUUAAGUUCAGGUAAUGUCAUUUCCAAGUACCUAGUUGCCCAUCUCACUUUGCUUUUAGUUAUGCCUUAGAAACAAACAAACAAACAAAAAAGGUUUUUCUCAGAGUUCACUGUAGACAGUUUUGGAUAAUAAAUAAGGAAACAGAAACAGCAGUCUUUGCUUCAGGUCAGGUCUUUUGACAAAACAGAUAUCUUAGUGGUAAUUUACUUCUGUAGUCUUUAGAGCAGCUAUGUAGCAUGCAUUCUGUCAUAUUUACAUUUGACAGUAGUAGAAGAAAUGUACUUGGAUAUAUAUCUAGCUCUUUAUCUUUCUAAAGCACCUAGGAUACAGGAAAAGCAGUGCUGGCUCCAUGGAAGUGAGUUUAAAGAAUGGAUUGGGGCAAAGAGGGGCUACCGCUCCCCUGCCCACACACAUACACACAGGCCAUGAGUUUGAGAAGUUCAAUGCCCAGUAGUUUGAGGCUAUCCAGACCCACGGCACAGUGCACUUCUUUUAGGAAUAGAUGGGCCGGCUGUAGUCAAUAGUUGACGGGUUGGAGAAAAGGAUCGAGCAUUUCAUGGUGGGGGCCGGCCGAGUGGCGCGUUGGUUAAGAGCUGGCUUGGGACACCAGCUCUGAGCAGCAGAGCCCCAGU